AUGGAUUUCAUCGACGAGAAAGAUGAAUUAGCGUUAGAGGCGGAGACACGACUCAAGGCUCCCCUCGAAUGGGAAUCAACGGCCAAAUGCAAAAUAAUAGACCUAAAGGAGUCACAGUACGACGAAGCUUUACGUCUGAUCAAAGUUUAUUGUAGAUCUAAACUUCCACAGCAUCACUUUUUCCGGGAGGAGCCUAUGUGCAAAGCGUCCUCGUUGCUCGAGGAUUCAACGUCCGUGGACAAUUACCUGGAACUUAUAAGAACUUGGAUGAAUGAUACAACGAGCAUAGUCGCCCUCAGUAUUAAAUCUGGUCGCGUUAUCGGAGUUGCUGUUACGAGAGUCAACAGCAAGACCGAGAAAACGGAUACUUAUCAACGUGUUCAGGUAUUAUUGCGAUCGAUAUCGAUAUUAUUAAUUUGUUAAACGCGUCACGUCAUUGCUUCCACGAGGGUGAAAAAUAAAUUUAUUAGAUAUUGGGUAAAUUGUGAAUAAGAAUUGUAGAUUAACGAAUAUGUAUAUAGAUUACAACGAGGUCACGUAUGAGUUUUGUAGGUGUUAAAGGGAGAAACUCUACGCAAGAUCAUGCAUUUGCAAAACACACUCAUGCAGCAAACGAACGCACAUGAAAAGUUCAAAUAUUCGAAAUAUUUCUGUAUAUACAUUUUAUGCGUGCAUCCAUCUUAUCAAGAGAAAAGUGUCGAGGUCGCGCUUUUGAACGCUUGCGUUCAUGUAGCAUUGAGUUUAAAAAUGCCAGCGAUCGGUGGUAUUUUCACUUGUGGUAUAAGCCAAACAAGAGCAAGAAGUGUCGGUUUUCAACUUCUCUCGGAAAUUCGUUACAGUUUGUGGCUUGUUAACGAACAAGUUGUAUUCGAUGAUCCAGGAAGAGGAAAUUAUUCGGCUGCUUUGAUGGGCAAGCUGUUAAAAGAAGAGAAUUUAAAACAUUACAAAUUAUCGUCCGUCGAUACCGAUACGAAAUAAUAAAAAAAAAAAAAAUUAUUAAAAAUAGGUCAUUCAUACGUAAAAUUUUGAAUAAGCCAUCGAUGAAAAUUUAUAUUCCCGUUCUUUUGUUUUAUUAACGAUAACUAUUUUUUUAUGUUUUUAUUUCAAACAAAAUAUAGGCUCGUGAUAUAACGUAGACGUAUCGCUCGAUACAUUUUUCUGGAACAAUUUUAACAAUAGUCUCAACGUAAGAUAUAACAUUUAUGACGAUAAAUUCACAUUAAAUUUUGCGAAUGAUGUUAAAAAUCUACGAAUCAUCUUUUUUAUAUUUACAAAAGACAGAAGAUCUACAAUACCGAUACAUGACAUGUCUGUUUACAUCGAACAACUAUGAACGAUGAUUCCUAGAUGGCGGUGACGGUAAACUCAAACAUACUGCUAUCAUUUUCCGAGAAUUUCCCGAGAGUCCUCUUUGGACACCCUUUCUUCAUUUACCCCCACCCUUAUGUUACUUUCGAAUUCAGUACGAGGGAUCGAGAGUUCA